AUGGACGAGUCUGCCCUGCUGGACCUCCUGGAGUGUCCCGUGUGUCUGGAGCGCCUGGACGCCUCGGCCAAGGUCCUGCCCUGCCAGCACACGUUCUGCAAGCGCUGUUUGCUGGGCAUCGUGGGCUCCCGGCAUGAGCUGCGGUGCCCGGAGUGCAGGACCCUGGUGGGCUCGGGGGUGGAGGAGCUCCCCAGCAAUAUCCUGCUGGUCAGACUGCUGGACGGCAUCAAGCAGAGGCCGUGGAAGCCCGGCCCCGGCCCCGGCCCCGGCGGCGGCGCCGGCGCCGGCCCCAACUGCACGGCCGCGGUGAGGGCCCCGGGCAGUGCUGUGGCGAACUGCAGCCCGAAGGACCUGCCGAGCUCCCAGGGCGGGCAGCAGCCCCGGGUGCAAGCCUGGAGCCCCCCGGUGAGGGGCAUACCUCAGCUGCCAUGUGCCAAAGCAUUGUACAACUAUGAAGGCAAAGAGCCUGGAGACCUGCGAUUCAGCAAGGGGGACAUCAUCAUUUUGCGGAGACAAGUGGAUGAAAACUGGUACCACGGGGAGGUCAGCGGGGUCCACGGCUUCUUCCCCACCAACUUCGUGCAGAUCAUUAAGCCCUUACCUCAGCCCCCACCUCAGUGCAAAGCACUUUAUGACUUCGAGGUGAAAGACCAGGAGGCAGACAGAGACUGCCUUCCGUUCGCAAAGGAUGAUGUUCUGACUGUGAUCCGAAGAGUGGAUGAAAACUGGGCUGAAGGAAUGCUGGCGGACAGAAUAGGAAUAUUUCCAAUUUCAUAUGUUGAGUUCAACUCAGCCGCCAAGCAGCUGAUAGAGUGGGACAAGCCUCCUGGGCCCGGCGUCGAUGCUGGAGAGUGUGGCCCGGCGACCCAGGGCAGCGCCACCCCGAAGCACCCCGACACCAAGAAGAACACCAAAAAGCGGCACUCCUUCACGUCUCUCACCAUGGCCAGCAAGUCCUCCCAGUCCUCGCAGCACCGCCACUCCAUGGAGAUCAGCCCGCCCGUGCUCAUCAGCUCCAGCAACCCCACGGCCGCGGCACGCAUCAGUGAGCUGUCGGGGCUCUCCUGCAGUGCCCCGUCUCAGGUGAGCCCUCCUCAUUUAAGAACCACUGGGUUAAUUGCGACUCCACCCCCAAGCAGCCCCGUGACAGCUGGCCCCUUGUUUCCUUUCCCAUCAGGCAUUCCCUACCAAGCUGCCCCUGGAACUAUGAACCCGCCUGUCCCCCCGCCCCCUCUCCUGGCUGCCACUGUCCUCGCCUCCACGCCAGGUGCCACCGCUACUGCCGGAACGGGGCCGAGACCCGCUGCGGGACCCACUGACCAGGUGGCACAUCUGCGGCCCCAGGCUCGCCCCAGUGUAUAUGUCGCCGUCUACCCGUACGCGCCCCGGAAGGAGGACGAGCUGGAGCUGCGGAAGGGGGAGAUGUUCGUGGUCUUCGAGCGCUGCCAGGACGGCUGGUUCAAGGGGACGUCGAUGCACACCAGCAAGAUCGGGGUUUUCCCCGGCAAUUACGUGGCACCAGUCACGAGGACGGUGACGAAUGCUUCCCAAGCCAAAGUCCCCACGUCUACCGCUGGCCAGACAAGUCGGGGAGUGACCGUGGCCAGUCCUUCCACGGGGGGAGGGCCUGUCCAGAAGCCCCAGGGAAAUGGCGUGGCUGGGAGCCCCGGGGCCGUCCCCACGGCUGUGGUGCCAGCGGCCCACCUUCAGACAAGUCCCCAAGCAAAGGUCCUGCUGCACAUGGCUGGACAGAUGACGGUCAGCCAGGCCCGCAGUGCUGUGAGGACAGUUGCGACACACAGCCAGGAGCGCCCCACGGCAGCAGUGACUCCCAUCCAGGUCCAGAACGCGGCCGGCCUUGGCCCGGCGCCUGCGGGCAUGCCUCACCACCCGCUGGCCACCCCGCAGCCCCUCCCUCCGCUGGCGGGCUCCGUCGCGCACACGGCCCCGGCCGGCGUUGGGCGUGCAAACGCCCCCCUGGCCUGCGUGGCAGCUGCUCCCCUGGCCUCCCCGAGCAUCGCCGCCACCCCCCCAGAGGCCGAGCCUGGCGGCCGGACUGUGACCGUUGCUCCCGGACUCCCCUUGUCGCCUGACGGUGCCGCGUCGGUGUGCGGGAGCAGUGCGGCCAGCAAGGCGGACAGGGACAGCAGAAAAGAAAAAAAGGGUUUUUUGAAGCUGCUUUCUGGCGCCUCCACUAAACGCAAGCCCCGAGUGUCACCCCCCGCGUCACCCACCCUGGACGUGGAGCUGGGUGGGGAGCUGUCCCUGCAGGGUGCAGUGGGCCCCGAGCUACCGCCAGGUGCUGGCCACAGCAAGCCUGGCUCCUGCCCCACGGACGGGGACGGCCCGGGGACCCCAGCGGCCAGCGCAGCACUAGCCCAGGACGCCUUCCAUCGAAAGAGUGGCUCCCUGGAUGCCACCAUCCCCAUCGCCCCGCCCCCCCGCCAGGCCUGCUCCUCCCUGGGUCCUGUGGCCACCGAGGCCAGGCCUGUCGUCUGCGAAAGGCACAGGGUGGUGGUUUCCUAUCCUCCCCAGAGCGAGGCAGAGCUCGAACUCAAGGAAGGGGACAUCGUGUUUGUUCACAAGAAGCGCGAGGACGGCUGGUUCAAAGGCACGUUGCAGCGCAACGGGAAGACUGGCCUCUUCCCAGGGAGCUUCGUGGAGAACAUCUGAGGAGACUGACCGGAAGGCGUGACAUCACACCUCAGCACAGAGCACAGGCAGGCUAGCCAGAGGGCCCAUCUGUGGACUUCCGUGGCCAGGAGACGGCAGAUGGCGUGUGGCCCCGAAGCCCACGUGGCAUGUCACGGCAACGUGGAGGAGGCACCCGCCCUCCACUCAGGAGUGAGAGGUGUGCCUUGUACUGUCUGACUACCAUACAGAGAAACCUUUUUUCUUUUUAAAGAGAUCUAACUAAAACGGACAGUUGUUUACAAGGCUUAACUAAUUUAUUUGCUUUUUUAGACUUGAACUUUUCUUACAGUAGAAAAAUUCUUUGGAUUAUGAUUCUAAGAAAUUAUUAAUUUAUGAAAUGGUAGCUAAGGAGAAGCUGGGCCGACUCCUGUUGAGAGCAAGAGAGUCUUUUCGACGUAGAAUGCAUCCCUCCCUCUGCCCUGUGGUGUCCAGGAGCUCUGUUUUGCUUCUUUAAGGCAGAAAUGCCAGGUCUCUGGUUGGGUCCUCUCCUCCGGGAAACUGCACGUGCACCUGAGUCAGUCUCGACAGGACCCGGGGUGACUGAGGGACCGAGGCAGAGACGGAGGCGAGAGGCCGGCACCGUCUCUCUGGUGUGGUCGGGAGUCGCCCUGGAGGCCCCGUCCUCAGUGUGAUGCUGUGGGGUUCAGCUUUCCUAGAAUGAAGUUGUGGCGUGACAGGGAAGAAUAAAGCACAACCCGUGAGGAGAGUGUUCAGAGCAGUGUUUAGUUUACGGCAGAAGCAGCUCAGCUUGCUCGUGGGGAACAGAGACAGCUGAAGCUGCGCUAGCCGUCGAGGUGGCUGUGACGGGCCGUUCCAUCCCCCAGUGGCCCGCGUGCCGGGACAGUCAGACCCUGGUGGGGCAGGGCUUUGAGGAGCACUGUGAGGCUCACGUGGGUCUUGUGUUCUGCCCCUGUCCCGCGUGUCCCUGGAAUCCCAUGGAGCUGGAGAUCGCGUGGUGCGUGUCGCUGUGUUUCCUGGGUGUGCGGCAGCACCAGCCCUGCAGGAAGGUGGGCACAAGCAUUCUCUGCCUCUCCCAGAGCCACUGCUGUCACAGUGUGAGGGUGCUCGCUCCGCUGCCACGGCGCCCGCAGCCCCUGCUGGGUCACUUGGAGAGCAGAGGUGUCCAGGCAUCCCCAGGACUGCCCGGUUGCAGCUCUGCAGGGCUGAGGGGAGCGAGCCCACACCUUACCGUCGUGGCAGGGCCAGCGGAGCCCCUCUUUUGAGGUCCACUCUUCGAUGUCACGACAGUGCUCUGUGGUCAUGGGUCGGAUGGGCCUGAAGACACCAGGCGGGAAUGCAGUCUCCUGGGGAAUGAGACCGGGACCACCGCGCUCUCGUGGGAAAGACAGAAAUAAACCUUUCUUCUUUUUUUUUUUAAACUGAGAAAUAGAAACAUGAACCAAAAAGUCUUGCAAUGGCGAGAGAUGGGUCUCAUGGUCUUAAAAAGAUAUAUGAUGUGGUUACAAAUGAAAUCAUUCCUAAAUUAACCUUUUUUAAAAAAUAAAAUACUGUAUAUUAUGUUCUAUGUGUUGAAUUUUUAAAAAAAAUACUUGGAUAUUCAUGUAAUAUAUAAAGACUUGGUGAAAUGAACUUUAGUUGGAAAAAAAAGCUGGCAUCAGCUUUCAUCUGUGUAAGUUGACACCAAUGUGUCAUAAUAUUCUUUAUUUUGGGAAAUUAGUGUAUUUUAUAAAAAUUUUAAAAAGUAAAAAGACUACUACAGGUUAAGAUAAUUUUUUUAUCUGUCUUUAAGCUCCACAUUUUAAGCAAUGUGAUCGAAGUACUUCUGUUAGUAGUUUCCUGGUAUAAAGUUGGCUACAAUUUCAUCUGUUAAUAGAUCACUAGGUAAUAUAAUGUAUGGGUUUUCUGUUGUUUUUUUGGAGGCAGUAGAUGGAGAUUUUGUAACAAGGGCUUGUUACACCGUGAUAUGGCAAUGAUGAAGUUGCAAUUUCUCAUUCCUCUUCCUGUCAGUAACUUGAAGACUGAAUAAAAGAUUUCAGAAUUAAACAUU